AUGGAAGAUAUUUUUAAUAAACAAAUUAUUAAUAAAAUAUGUUUUAUCAAAGAUAAUAUGAAUGAUCAAAUAACAAAAGUUACAAAUGUGAUGAAAAAAAAAAAUAAAAAUAUGUCAUGUGAAUAUAAAAAUAUGCUAAGUUGCAAACUAUAUCAUAAUAAUUCUAAAGAAAAUUACAUUCAGAAAAACAAAGUCAAAAAUUCAAAUAAAGAUAAUGAUGAUGAAGAAAAGAAAACCAAACAUUUAUACACAUCUAGAAAUCCAAAAAAUAAUUAUAAUAUCAGAAAUGCUUCAAUCUUUAGUAUCUAUUCAAAGGGAUAUGGAAGUGACAGCAAAAUAUACACAUGCAAAAAAAAAAAAAAAAAAAAAAAAAUUAAAAAUAAAAAUAACGUAAAAAUUGGCAUGCAAAAUGACGGGCAAAAUGCCAUGCAAAAUGACGGGCAGAAUGAAAAGACAAUCACUACUAAUUCUAUACUAUCAGAAUAUGAAAAUUGUCAACAUAAUUUGGUCAAAAAUAAUAAUGAGCAUUUUAAUUAUGAUAGUAAUGGUACUCAUGAUUUUGAUAAAUUAGACAAUGUUAUGUAUAAAAAAAAAAUGAAACAAGUUAAUAAAAUAUUAUAUAAUUUAAAUUAUUUUACUCAAUUUAAAAGUCUAAAUUUAAAAUGUUCAAUGAAAAAAAAAACACACACUAAUAAAGUUUGUGUCAAAAAAAAUACUACUAAAGCCCAAGAUAUUGAUGAUAAUGAUGAUAAUAAUAAUAACAACCCUUCUAAUUUUGGAGCCUUAAAUGAUCUUUCAAAAUUUAAAACCACAAAUGAUGAUGAUAAAGAUGGUGAUAAUGAUGAUGAUAAAAAUGGUGAUAAAAAUGGUGAUAAUGAUGAUGAUAAAAAUGGUGAUAAUGAUGAUGAUAAAAAUGAUGAUGAUAAAAAUGGUGAUAAAAAUGUCCCCAAAAAAAAAAUACAUAAUGAUAAAUAUUUUAAGUCCCUUCUUCAUAUCGGGUUAAAAGGUCUUUUAAAUAAAAAAAGACAAAAAAAAAAAAAAAAAAAAAAAAAAAAAAAAAAAAAAAAAAAUAAUAACUAUGAAAAUAUACAAAAUAACACUGAAAUAACUUAUUUUGAAAAUAAACCAACACAAAAUACUGAAGAAAUAAAUUUAACUAUUCAAAAAAAUAUUUCUAAUAUCCAUAAUCAUAAUGAUAUAAUUAGUAACCACAAAAAACAUGACACAAAUAAUGAUAAUACUUUAAUUUAUAAUAAUAGCGAAAAUCCUGCAUGUCAAAAUAAAAUUAUUAACUGUUCAGAAAAAAAAAAUCAUAAUGUUAAUAAUAUUAUGACCAAAUCUUUCCUUUCAGAUCAUAGUACUUCUCCAAGUAAUAAUUUUAUUUUUCCAUCCCAUCAAAAUUAUAAAUAUCAUCUGAGCAAUGAUAUUAAAAAUGUGUUGGAUACAAAUCAAAAAAAACAAAUAAAUUCUGCAAAUAUUAAUGAAAAUAGUUUUACUUCAUUAUAUUUACCUACCUCUAAUAAUUCAUACAUACAAAAUAAAUUUCAACAAACAGAUAAAUUAUACAAUUCCAAUGAUCAGCAUAAUGACAUUAAUAGUAAUUACACAGAAAAUGAAAAAUUUCUAGCCAAUAAUAAGGAGGAUUUAUUUUUUUCUGAACAAAAAGAAAAUAUAUCCCCUAAUUUAAUUCAUCCUAUAAAUUCGUCAAAUAUUCAACAAAAUGAUGAAACAAAUAAUAACAUCGUGAAAAGAAAAAAACGACGACGAAGGAAGAAACAAAAAAAGAGGAAAGAAAAAAAAAAUGAAUUUGAAGAAAUAUUAGAACAAGAGAAAGAAAAUAAUAACAAUGAAAUGAACAAAAUAGCUAGUUCGACAAUAAAUUUACCUGAACAUGGUAAGGUAAAAAAAAAACACAUCCAACUUACUAAUUUUGAAAAGGUAAAUAAUGAAAAAUUUUCAAAAAAAAACAAACAAUCUCACAAAAAUGAAUACACAACCAUAUCCAAAGAUGAAUUUAUAAAUUUGAAAACAAAUAAACUUGACACAUGUAGUAAUUCUAAUAAUGAAAGUACAAUUAUAGAAUCAUUCCAAGUUCAAAAAAAUGAAGUAACCAAAUGUGCCGAUAGAAAUAAUCGAUCUAACAGUAACCCAAAUAGCCAAAAAAAAAAAAAAAAAAAUAUUCAAAGUAACAAAAAAAAAAACAGCCAAAAUAAUACAACACCCAUUACUAGUAUAAACAUUCAGAAAAAUAAAAAUCAUGAAGAUGAAAAUUUCCAUGAAAGAUAUCCUCAAUACAUAAAUAACUACGAAAAUAAUUUUAUUACUCCAAAUCUAAACUUUUCACCAGAUUAUUUAUACAAUAAUUAUUUAAAUAACAUAUUUUGUGUGCAAAAUUAUAAUAGAAAAUAUUUGAAUGAACAAAAUGAAAUAGCCAUGCAAAAACAAAAAAUCAAUCUACCAUAUUACAAUCAUAAUUUAGGAUAUAAUUAUUAUUUUAACAAUAUUAUGUCUAUACCCAUUAAUAACAUUGAACCAACUCAUGUGCUACGAAAUUAUCAAAAUUGUGGUCCAAAUUAUGAUCAAAAUUGUGGUCCAAAUUAUGAUCAAAAUUGUGGUCCAAAUUAUGAUCAAAAUUUUAGUAAAACUAUAAAUCCACAUAAUUUAUAUUACUUUGAUAGAUGGGGAAAUAAAAUUUCUCUUAAUUCACAAAAUACACUAUUAUAUAAUUAUUCCAAAAAAUUUUAUAAUAAAAAAAACCAAAUUUUGAAAAAUAAAAUUCCUAAUUUUACUUAUUUUACCAAUUAUAGUCUAUAUGAUAGACAAUGUUCCGAUAAAUAUAAUAUGACCUCAUUUAAUUCAAUGGAAAAUUACAAAAUGAAAGAAAAAAUUUAUUGUGAUUAUGAUCCGACCAUAAAUUAUUCAUUUUGGAAUAUAAACGACAUUAACAAUCCUGAUUCGAAUUCAAAUUUGAAUGAACAUUUUACCAACCUUUAUAAAUAUAACCAUAGUCAUCAAAAUGGGGGUACUAAAAGUGAAAAAAAAAAAAAAAAAAAAUUAUCAAAAAAGUAUAAAAAAAAAGAGCUUCAAAGGUUUCAAAAUUUUCACGAGUUUCAAAAUUUUCAAAUUCAGUCCCCAAAUUUUGUAAAUAGCGAAAUCAAGAAUGAAUGCUCUUAUAAUUGUGACCCAAAUAACCAAAACUAUGAUAAUAUUUUUAACAAAAAUAAAUUCAAAUUUUCAUCUAUACCCAACUAUAAUAUCCCACCCUUUUCAAAACAACAUAAUGACAUCUCUAUUACACAUAAAGAAUCAAAUUAUUCCUUUUUUAAUUUUGAAAAUAUGAAAAAUUGUGGAAAUAAUAAAUCUAUGACACAAUGGACCUAUCCAUUUCCGUAUACAAAUCAUCUAUUCUAUCCUACCAACUCUAUUUAUAACAACAACAUAACAAAUAAUAAAUAUAAUUAUAAUACUUCUUCACAUGUAGUUACUUUGCAUCCACACAUGAAUUUAUUUCAAGAUAAAGAUAUAAAUUUACACCAUUCUCCUUGCAAUAAAUAUAUAAAACAUAACGAAGAUUCUGAUAUCGAACAGAAUCAAAAUAAUUCAAAAGUAGAAACAAAAAAUAUAAAUUAUUAUGAAAUAAAUGAAAAAAAUAAACUCUUAGAUAAUAACAUACCAAAAAAUAAUUUCAACUAUAUCGAAAAAAUAUUUCCGGUUUCAAAUUUGUCCAAAAAACUAAGAUCUUAUUCUAAUUUCAUUUUAAAUAAAAGUGUCAAAAAAAUGCAUAAUCCUUGUAUUGAUCAAAUUCGAUCAAUAAGUUUGACAUAUGAAAAAAAAAAUGAUAAAAUAAAAAAUAGCAAAAUAAUAAGUGAUAAAAUAAAAAAUAGCCAAAUAAUAAGUGAUAAAAUAAAAAAUAGCCAAAUAAUAAAUACUGCUAGAUCUGUUUCCAUACCUCCAGCUAAUAAAACCAACAAUAAUGACGAUGAUAACGAUGAUAACGAUGAUAACGAUGAUAAUAACAAUAACAGUGAUAAUAAUAAUAAUGACUUGCCGACUAAUUGUGUAAUAAAUAAAAUAAAUGCGUGCAGCUCACCAUUUGAUGCAUCUAUGGAAAGUCAUGAUAAAUUAUUUAUAUUUAAUUUGUUACGGAAAACUGAAAAUAGUUUAGUAAAUAUAUUAAAUUUUGCUAACCCUACUAAAGAUAUUGUAUUAACAAAAAAAUUAUUUUUUUUAUCAUUAUUAAAAUUAAUAAAACAAUUAUUUGAUUCUAAUAUUCAUAUAUAUAUAGUCGGAUCUAGUGCAUAUGGUAUUGAUUCUAAAACAAGCGAUUUAGACAUUGUCAUACAAACAAAUAACUAUUCUAGUAUAUAUGUUCUUCAAAAAUUAUACACUUCUAUAAAUAAAAUAAAAGAGGAAAAAUAUAAUACAAAUCAAAAUGAUAUUUCAGCUAGCUAUUCUUACAAUAACAACUCUAAAGAAAAUAUUUAUGAUAUUUAUGAUAUUUAUAAUAUUUAUAAUAUUUAUAAUUUUUUUAAAGAUGUCGAAAUGCAACUUAUUACAUCUGCUAGAGUUCCUAUUCUCACAAUUAAAAAAAAUAAUGUGGCAUGUGACUUAUCGGUUAAUACAAAUAAUUCUAUAAAACAUACUGAAUUUUUUUUAAAUAUAUUAAAACAUUAUCCUAAUUUAAAAAAUGUUAUGAAACUUAUAAAACUAUUAUUAAAAAACAGAACCAUUCCAUCUAUGAAACAAGGUGGGUUACCAACUAUUUUAUGGAUGAUGCUUUGUAUACGUUAUUGUAAAUUUCCAGAAAAUACAAAUUUAAAUCAUACAAAUAAACAUUUAUUUUAUUAUCCUGAAUCUACUAUUUCUGAAAAAAAUUAUGAUAUAAAAAAAUAUAACAAUUGUGAAAAUACCUCUUAUAAAUAUUUUGACCAAAUAAUUGAUCCUAUAUCCUAUAACGAUCAUUUUUAUGAUUUAUUAUUAUUUUAUCAAAAUUAUUUACAAAAUAAAAAAUUGAAUCAUGACGAAAAAAAAACAUUUAUCUUUCCCCCAAAUCAAUCUAACCAUUCUACAACUAACCAAAUAUCCGCGACACAAUCAAACAUCUCAAAUAAAAAAGACAAUCUUCAAACUGAUACACAAACCCGCAAACAAAUAAUACACACAAAUUCUAACACAAAUUCUAACACCGGCACUAAACACAUUACAUCUAUUCUAGAAUCAAAUCUGUCCAAUUUAAAAAAUGAUAAUAAUGAUAAUAACGACAAUGCCCUUACCGAACAGUUUCUGAACUUGUCAUAUAAUUAUGUCCAUAAAUUUUUUUCAGAAAAUUCGUACAACCCUCAAAAUAAUAAUAAACAUGAAAAUGAAAAAAAAGACAAUAAUAAAAAAUUUAAAAAUGAUGAAAAAAAUCGGAAUGACAAAAUAAAUUCUCUAAAAAUUUUACAAAAAAAUAGUAAAAAAAUUGCAAAAUAUCAAAAUAUAAUAAAUAGUAAAAAAAAACAAUCACCUUUAAAAAUAAAAAAUUAUUUAAAUAAUCUUCAACAUAAUAUAGAAGAAGAAAUACAAGAAGAACAUUUUUUAUAUGUAUCCCCACUUUUAUAUUCAUUAUUUAUUUUUUAUAAUGCUUUAAAUUCACGAAAAAAAUUAAUGAAAAUUAUUAAUAUAAAUGAUAAAAAUAGAUGUUAUAAAAAAAAUAUUAAUGAAACAAAUAAAAAACUUUUAUCAUCUGCAUGUCAUGGAGGUGUAUGGGACGAUUUACUUACUCUUUAUGAUCCGAUAUAUAGUUUUAAUUAUGAUAUGUUUUUUAAUAAAUCAAAUAAUUUAUGCACCGAUUUAAUGCACUCAAAUUCUAACGGACCACCUUAUAGACUACGCGCUAGAAGCACUGUAGAACCUCAAAUAGGAACUACGAAUCAAAGAAAAAACGAAAGCGAUUUCGAAUUAAAAGAUUAUAAUAGACUCACUAUCUCAUCUUCUAAAAAUUUUAUUUAUCAAAAAAAACAAGGUGAUAAUAAUAAUGAUGAUAAAAUUCGAACAGCACUUCAAAGAAAUCUAUCCAAAUUCUCAAAUAAAACGCAAAAUAAAUAUUCAAGUCGAAGUUCGAGUCAAAUUUUGAGGAAAUCACCAAAUGAUCAAUCUGAGCUUUAUCAUAAUUUAGACAAACAAAUAAAAAAUAAAAAAAAUGAUAUUAAACAAAAUAUAAAUUUUCAAUUUGAAAAAAAUAAAUCAUUAAAUAAUUGGAAUAAUUUAUAUUCUUACAACUCUUUGGAUAAAAAUAGCGAAUCCGAAAUAAGCACAAUAAAUGAAGAUUCUGAAAAUAAUUCGAGCGAUAAAACAAAUGUAAAUAAUUAUGAUACUUAUUUUAUGGAAAAUUAUAAUAAUCAAUAUGAUUUAAAAUGUGAAAAUUAUUCAUAUAUACAAAAAAAAUACAAUGAAAAUCUGUGUGCACCUUUAAAAGAGUGUACUGAGCAAAUUGGAAAUAGUAAUCAAAAUAAACCUGAACAGGCAAGGAAAAUGUUGGAAAUAAUAAACAAUGUUCAUAAAAAUAAUGCACACCCAAAUAAUGUUCAUAAAAAUAGUGCCCACCCAAAUAAUUGCCAAGAUGAAUGCAAUUUAGAUGAACUUAUAUGGACUCAAAAUUAUAACAAUAAAUACAAUCAAAAUUCUCGAAUUAGGAAUAACUACAAAAAUAAUGCUUUUGAAAAAUUGUAUGAACAUAAUAUUGAUUUAUCAAGCAAGGUGAGUAGUGCAACUUGGUUAAUUUAUUUAUACGAAUUAAAACGGGCCAGUUUUUUUAUUAACUAUUAUAUUCACCACAUGCACAUGCUCAUGUCAUUUAAAAAGCUACUCAAAGAUUUCGAACAAAAUUGUGACCAAAACCUCCCAAAAAAAUGUGACCAAAACCUCCAAAAAAAAUGUGACCAAAACCUCCAAAAAAAAUAUGACCAAAACCUCCAAAAAAAAUAUGACCAAAACUUCAAGUUGUUCCAAAACAACAAAUGGAUUGUUCUAAAGAGGGAAGACAUUUGGAAGGAAGAUGAAGAAACAACCAAACUACUAUCCCCAAAAAAAAAAAAUAACUUCGAAAAUCAUAUCACACUAAACAAUGGAAAUGAUAAUAAUUAUGACCAUGGACAUGCAAAAUUAAAAGAACUUCCUAAAUAUUAUGAACAAGUCAGAAAAAAUAUAUCAAAUGAAAUAAUAUGUUCUCAAAAUUUUGAUGAAAAUAUAUCUAAACAAAAACAUUUAAAGAAGCUAAAAAAACAAAAAAAAACUUUAAAACUUAUAAAAAAUAUGAAACAAAUUUUAAAAUCAAUAAUUCAAAAUUUAAAUUAUUCUAUAAUUAUUUUGUUCGAAAAAACAAAAGGUGAUAUAUACACACUACCAUUCCGUUUUAAUUCAGACCAAAAUACGAAAGAUGAUGAAAGUAAAAAAUGUGCAGAAAAAAAUAUUUACCCUAGUAUAACCUCACCAGAAAAUGAACCACUUCUCGACAACGACUUAUCCAACUGUUCUACUAAGAAUUAUAAAAAAAUAGCUAGUCAAAAUAGUGGUAAAAAUAGUGAUAAAAAUAGUGAUGAUAGUGAUAAUAAUGAUGAUAGCAUGAUUAACACAUUUGGGUUGGUGUUAAUUGAAGGCAAACUUAUUUUUGUUAAAUUUUUAAAUGUGUGUGUUGAUAAACAAAAUUUCUGGAAUGAAUUAUUUUUAUGUAGAAGAGACAUAAAAACGGUUAUGCAUGUAAAACCUAUGGACGUUAUUUUUGUUUCAAAUAAAAAAAAAAAAUAUUUAAAUGCUUCUAAAACAAGCUCUACAAAAAUUACAGAAUAUGACUCCAAACAUGUAAUAGUCGAGGAAAUGAAUCAAAACAAUAAUAAACUAAUAUCUUUUUCCCAAAAAAAUAAUAAAUUAUAUCGAAUACUUGAAAAUAAUUUAAACACAAAUAUUCCUUCUACAAAUUUAUUCAAAAUAAAUAAAUCAGUCACAAAUGAAAAUAUUUAUCAUCAAUUAAUAUCUGAACAAACAACUAGCGAAACUACCUCUAGUGAGCUUAAUGUAAAAAAAAAAAAAAAAAAAAAAAAAAAUAAUCAAAGCACUUUCUCAUCAGUAAACCAUGAUAAAAUAUAUUAUGAACAAAAUAUGCUUGAGGAAGAUAAAUCAAAACCAUCAAAAUGUGAAACAUACAAUUUUAAGAAUACACAACAUUCAGGUGAUAUAAAUUUUAAAUACGCAUUGGACAAAAAUGAAGAUGAAAAUGGAAAUGAAGAUAAAAAUGGAAAUGAAAAUGAAGAUGAAGAUGAAGAUGAAGAUGAAGAUGACGAAACUGUAGGAAGUGCAGGUACUGAGCAAAUUAUAAAAGAUAAAAUUAAAAACUGGAAUUUUAAAAAACAAAAACGAAUACAUAAAUCCAGUAAUUUUAUUUAUAACGAUAAAAAUAAUUAUAUCGGUAUUUUAAUAAAUCAAAAUAAAUAUAGAAAAAAUAUUUUCACCAAAUAUACAAAUAUCGAAACAGAAUCAGAUAAGGAAAAUAUACAAAUUCAAAAAAAAUAUCAAACAUCAAAAAAUGACGAUAAUUAUAAAUUUACCAAUAAUUGUCAAGACAAUACUAAAGAUAACAUUCUUCUUGUAAACCCAUGCAAUUUUGUAACUCGGAUAAAUGUGAAAACUAUUUAUGUUUCUAGUAAACAUAUUAUUAAUCAAGAUUUAAAAAAUACCAUAUUUGAAAAAACAAAUUUUAAAGAAAAUGAUAUUAAUGAAAACUUAAAAAAAAAACAAAAAAAAAAUAAUUCAAACAAUAUUCAACAUAACGAACAAACAAAUGAUGAUAUAUAUUCCAUACAAAUUAUUCCAAGAUGUGAAAUAAUGAGAUAUAAAGAAUUAAUCAAAAUUAUGAAAAAUAGUCCAUAUUAUUAUAAAGUUGCAAAAAAAAUUUCAAAUAUUAAUAAAACUCCUCUUCAACAACCUGUAUCUAUUUGUAAUUUCUGUUCAACAAAAGGAAUAUUUAAUAUAAACACAAAUCAUUUUAUGUUUUCUAAUAUAUAUCAAGAUGCUAAAAUAGAAUUAGCUACAAUUAUAUGUGACAUCAUUACAAAAAAAAAAAAAAAAAAAAAAAAAAAAAAAAAAACCUUUACGAACAGUGACAAAAAUAAAACCCUAAACCCUUAA